UUCUCACACUAAAAUGUCUUCCGAUGUCAUUCUCAUUGCAAGUGAUGAUGAAAUUGCAUCUAUCAGAUACCACAUGAAACCCAACAUUGUUCGUUCCCGAACGCCUGACCCCAUCCAAGUUAUUGACAUCUCCGAUACGGGAUCUGAAGACGAAAUUAUAUUAAUCGAGGAUGUUGCUUCCAGUCCGAAACUGAACCGAAACAAUCCAGGCCUCCCCCUCGGGAGCCUCGCCCCACAGCAGGCAGCGCCUCCCAGCCCGAACCGCCACAUGGAUUAUUUAGAAGCAAUCGCUAUCUCAGAUAUCAGCUCGUUACAUGUGCCAUCGUCGCAAAAUAAUCUGACGUCGCAUAAAGCAGUGCUACCAAAAAAUACCUACAAUCCUCCCGACUUGAACCCCGAUUUAUUCUUGCCAUCCUCCCAAAGCACUGAUGUGUCUCCGAAAAGAAUUCACGAUCUAACAAUCCCCCCCGCUGAAUCUCCCACCAACCCCGUUACUAAGGGCUCCACCAUUCAAGACAGAGAUUUGUUUGUGCCGUCAUCCCAAAGCAGCUUUAGCCCUUCCAAGACAAAACCUCUUUCCCCUCCCAAGAAGCACACCGUGACCACGGUCCCCGGUAAUGCUGAAGACGACAGGUUUCCGCACUCCAGUCCGGUACGACGGGUGGAAUCCUCAUUCAUUUCUGAAUUCUCAGACGAAGGUGUCUUCAGAUCAAACCCUCUCACUGCUUCUAAGCAAGGAAUCAAGUUUCUAGAUGACUUUCUCGCCUCGGAAUCCGACUCGGAUAGGGAUGAGAUCGCAGUAUUGAAGGCUCCGGACACCGUCAGGGUGCAAAAACACAGGCUUGUUUCCGAGAUCAUAAAUAGAUCAAAGCCAUGCCCUCCUGUGAGCAAAAAUGCGUUAAAGGUGCACGCAAAGGGGGGUAAGGUUUCCCUGCUUGAUACGGCACCUAGGCUAAUCCCGACCAGUCCCUUGCUUACCUCAGAGGGUGACAUUGACAUCUUGGUUGAGCCAUCCUCUAUGGGUGUUGUCCCUCCCAAACCCAAGCCUUUUUCUACUAAGGAACUAGCCAAGGUAAACAAGACCAGUCGGUCGCGGGAAGAGCUCAUGCGAGAGAUGAUUAUUCACUUUGAGGACGGCUUACACGCGGCUUUUUUUAAGGAACCAUUGGAGGAGCCGUUCCGCUUAACCAAGGUGACCCACUCAUCCAACUCGCUCCCCAUCAUCACUUGGAAACGCGUGUGUUCCGCCACAUAUGAUGCCGAACAGGACCUCUUUGUGCCGUGUGUUCCUGUGGUGGUGCCUGAAAAAAUUGCGGUGUUGCACUUUGACUCUGUGGAUUUUGUAGAACGGUUGGUGCACCACAAGAUUGGGACCUCGAUAAGAAAUUUGAGGGCACGGGAGGCGUAUGAGACGGUCAUCGUGAUGGUUGAAGGGUACGAUGCGUACUUGCAAAAGUUACGGACAAAGGACAACAAGCGGUACGAGUCGUUGGUACGAUCGCACAUUGGCGAGGGCACCACCAAGAAGCGAAAGACCGCGGUUAAUGAGUUUGAGGAGGGCUUGACGGAUACUGACGUGGAGGUGUUGGUACACGAGCUCCUGGUGAUGCUGAAGGUGAAUGUAUUUCCGGUGAAAACCCGGCACGAUGCCCUUACGUGGCUUGAGACCCUUACGUACACCAUUGCGGGGGGCAUCUACGACAGAUCUGAGCGAAACUUGGACUUGGCUACCGUGGGAGUCGUGCGUUCCGGCGCUACCCCUAGCGAAGCCUAUCUGCAAGCAUUGCGGCAGUUGAAGUUUGUGACGGCACCGGUAUCCGAGAAGAUCAAAAACAAGUACGACAGUCUCUACAUGCUCUUCCGGGCAGUAACAGUAAAGAACGGGUUAGGACGAGGCCCCGACGGUAAGCCCUUGACCCGCGAAAGUAUCAGCAGCUGUUUGACCAAGUUGUUUACCAGUACCGACCCAAUGGAUAUCCUCGAAGAGUAGAUGCCAGGAUAAGUACAAGGAGGAUGAGAUUAUGAAUGUUACCUAUCCGAUGGAUAUCGAGGAGCAGAUGUUAGGACAAGUACAAAGAACGAUAUGGAUGCCGUUCUAGAGGUAUCCAAACACGCUGGUAUAUGAAUCGCUAUGGUAUAGCUACACGAAUUAUGAAAUAUUAUUUGUAUUAGAAUCUGAUAUUCACCAAUGAAGGCUUACCUGCAUAUCACCGGGCAAUCCAUUCUACUUUGAAUGCUGGAGCUUGAUGUAUGCCAC